AUGUUAAGCAGAGCAUUCAGAGGAGCAGUACAGGUACCACGUAUCGCCAGCCGUGCGUACGCUAGUGAGGCCGGCGCAGCUGAUAAGUUAAAGUUGAAGUUUGCGCUCCCUCAUGAGACGCUUUAUCAAGAUAAGGAAGUUAUCCAAGUUAGCGUACCAGCAGAAACUGGUGAAAUGGGUAUCUUAUCACAUCACGUACCUUCCGUAGAAGCACUCAAGAGCGGUGUCGUUGAGGUUAUUGAGGCAGCAGGACAAUCAAAGAAGUACUUCAUCUCUUCUGGAUUCGCUAGUGUUCACCCUAACAACACAUUGACUAUCAAUGCCGUUGAAGCAUUCGAGUUGAGUGCAUUUGACAAAUCAGCUAUCAAACAAGGUAUCCAAGACGCACAAAAGUUGAAGGCGUCAGGCUCAGAGGUGGAGAAGGCAGAGGCAGAGAUUGAAUUAGACGUUUACUCAGAAUUAGAGGCAGCUUUAAAGUAA